GUCAUGAGCUGCCUUCCAGUCAUGAGCUGCCCUUCAGUCAUGAGCUGCCCUCCAGUCAUGAGCUGCCCUCCAGUCAUGAGCUGCCCCUCAGCCCGGAGCUGCCCUUCAGUCCAGAGCUGCAUCUCUGUCCGGAGCUGCCCUUCAGUCCGGAGCUGCCCUUCUGUCCUGAGCUACCUCUCUGUCCUGAGCUACCUCUCUGUCUUGAGCUACCUCUCUGUCCUGAGCUACCUCUCUGUCCUGAGCUGUCUCCUCAAUCUAGGGGGGACCUUUGUGAAGGUUCCUAGACCAGGGUCGGGGGCGAGGGUCGCCACUCAAAGGACGCUAAGGAGGGGGACAAAGACAAUGGUGGAGCGGUGUCCUCGUCCUGCGCCGGAGCCGCCACCGCGGACAGAUGCCCACCCAGACCCUCCCCUUGAGAUUUAGGGGUGCGUUCGGAGUCCGCACCUCAGGAGGGGGGUACUGUCACGUCCUGACCAUAGUUCUUAUGUGUGUUGCUUGUUUUAGUGUUGGUCAGGACGUGAGCUGGGUGGGCAUUCUAUGUUGUGUGUCUAGUUUGUCUGUUUCUGUGUUCAGCCUAAUAUGGUUCUCAAUUAGUCGCAGCUGUCAAUCGUUGUCCCUGAUUGAGAAUCAUAUAUAGGUGGCUUGUUUUGUGUUGGGAUUUUGUGGGUGGUUGUUUCCCGUGUCUGUGUUGGUGCCACACGGGACUGUUUCGGUUAGUACGUUUGUUGUUUGUAUUUUGUCUAGUUUUCAUGUUCAUUAAAUCAUGGAAACUUACCACGCUGCACAUUGGUCCUCCGAUCCUUCUCGCCUCUCCUCGUCUGAGGAGGAGGACGACUUAGACUGCCGUUACAGCACUCCAUCCUAAUUUGCUCCAGGGUUGCUAUACAACUAUGACUGACCUUGUAAAACAACACAUUUCACUGCUUCUAUCUGGUGUGAAAAUAUAACACUUAUUUAUUUAUUUUUACAUUUUAAAUUUCACAUAUAAAGUAUUCCAAAAACACAUUUCACCUGAUUUCACAUGUAAAAUGGCACACGUGAAAGGUUUCAAAAACACAUUUUCACGUGAAAUUUUCCAAAAACAUAUGAUUUCAGUUUAAUGGUAUCACGUGUUGAAGUGUUGCAUCCCCAAGUUGUCACAUUUCUUUAACAUGAGAUCAUGUGCUCACAUGUUGUCUUGUGUAGUUUCAUGUUAUCACACGAGAUCACGUGUUUACAUGUGUUUUUUCCAUAAGGGAGUUCAUGCAUAAUAAUUGUAUGUAUUGCUGCUGCAUAGGCCUAUAUCUGUAGGCAGCCUUUAGGGUUCCAUUCAAACUGUAAAGCGUUUUAGUGUAGGGUAUGCUACAACGCUGCUGCUGAAUGUGAGAGUCAAUGAUGUAUCUCUAUGGAGAGUGCAGCUGUUUAAAAUUCCAGUCAUGUCUCCGGUGGUUUUAUGGUGCCACCUAGUGUACAAAUAGCCAUUAGACAGACAGACCAUGAUUACUGCUCCACUAGUUUCAUGAGAGCUCAAGGGCCUUCUCUAUCUCGCCUGGCUCUCUCACUUUCUCUUUCUCCCCCGUUUUCCGUUCUCUCUUUGUCUCAGAUCUCUUUCUCAGCUCUCUCCCUCUCUUUCUUGUUCUCUUUCCCUUCUGUUGUUUCUUUCACUCUCUCCAUCUCUCUUUCUCUCAUAAAUCAAUCAAAUGUAUUAAUAUAGCUCUUCUUACAUCAGCUGAUAUCUCAAAGUGCUGUACAGAAACCCAGCCUAAAACCCCAAACAGCAAGCAAUGCAGGUGUGAAGCACGAUGGCUAGGAAAAACUCCCUAGAAAGGCCAAAACCUAGGAAGAAACCUAGAGAGGAACCAGGCUAUGAGGGGUGGCCAGUCCUCUUCUGGCUGUGCCGGGUGGAGAUUAUAACAGAACAUGGCCAAGAUGUUCAAAUGUUCAUAAAUGACCAGCAUGGUCAAAUAAUAAUCACAGUAGUUGUCGAGGGUGCAACAGGUCAGCACCUCAGGAGUAAAUGUCAGUUGGCUUUUCAAAGCCGAUCAUUGAGAGUAUCUCUACUGCUCCUGCUGUCUCUAGAGAGUUGAAAACAGCAGGUCUGGGACAAGUAGCAUGUCCGGUGAAGAGGUCAGGGUUCCAUAGCCGCAGGCAGAACAGUUGAAACUGGAGCAGCAGCAUGGCCAGGUGGACUGGGGACAGCAAGAAGUCAUCAUGCCAGGUAGUCCUGAGGCAUGGUCCUAGGGCUCAGGUCCUCCGAGAGAGAGAGAGAAAGAAAGAAAGAAAGAAAGAGAGAAUUAGAGAGAGCAUACUUAAAUUCACACAGGACACCGGAUAAGACAGGAGAAAUACUCCACUACUACAUAUAACAGACUGACCCUAGACCCUCGACACAUAAACUUCUGCAGCACAAAUACUGGAGGCUGAGACAGGAGGGGUCAGGAGACACUGUGGCCCCAUCCGAUGAUACCCCCGGACAGGGCCAACCAGGCAGGAUAUAACCCCACCGACUUUGCCAAAGCACAGCCCCCACACUUCUAGAGGGAUAUCUUCAGCCACCAACUUACCAUCCUGAGACAAGGCCGAGUAUAGCCCACAAAGAUCUCCGCCACAGCACAAACCAAGGGGGGGCGCCAACCCAGACAGGAAGACCACAUCAGUGACUCAACCCACUCAAGUGACGCACCCCUCCUAGGGACGGCAUGGAAGAGCACCAGUAACCCAGUGACUCAGCCCCUGUAAUAGGGUUAGAGACAGAGAAUCCCAGUGGAGAGAGGGGAACCGGCCAGGCAGAGACAGCAAGGGUUGUUCGUUGCUCCAGUGCCUUUCCGUUCACCUUCACACUCCUGGGCCAGACUACACUCAAUCAUAGGACCUACUGAAGAGAUGAGUCUUCAAUAAAGACUUAAAGGUUGAGACCGAGUCUGCGUCUCUCACAUGGGUAGGCAGACCAUGCUCUUCAGAGGGAUAAUGGACUUUACAUUUCUAGCUUAAACUAACAGAUUUUGAUGGGGAUUUUUUUUAUCAUGUUACUCAGAUUUUAAGACAAUCGAACAACCUCAGUACCCAUGAACUAUUUACAUGAAAAUGUACAUAAUAGUUUACUGAGGAAAGGCCUAGUAGUAAACAAACCUGUAAACCUGUAAACAAAAGUGAGUUAUAACUAAAUAUCAAAUUUACCACCAAAUGUAGAUGCAUCAGAUAUAGUCAACUUUGUAAAUACAUUUCAGUGAUGGCCACAACUUCUCUUGACAAGCUACAGGAUUGUGUAGGAUUUUUUGUUCAAGCCCAGUUCUACCACACCUGAUUCUACUAUUCAUGGUCUCGAUGGAACAGCUGAGGUCUUGAUGAACAGAUGAGUAGUAGAAUCAGAUGUAGGUAGCACUGGGCUUGAUCAGAAAAGCCUGCAUAACACUGUGGAUCAUCAAGAGCAAUAUUGAUAACUCCUGUCAUCAUCAGAAUGUCUAGUUAAAUAGGCCAGACUGUCCAUAUAAAUAGAGUGUCAAGUUGAUGUGUUUAUAACAAGGUUCCUGGUGUAAUGGUUAGCGUCAUCAUCUUUGGAACUGAAGGUUCUGGGUCCUCCUCUCUUAAAAGAGCCUUUGGGUUCGUGGAGUGGCAGGCAAGUGGCAGUGAGUGGGGUGGUAUGUACUACUGCGUCCGUCUUGCUAGAACGGAGGAGAGACUAGCUCUCAGACUCUCAAGGAAGAAAAAGGUCGUUGCCCUCAUCCGUGAGAUACACGCCAUCAGUACAGUACUGCCCAGGAACAUAGUGCUGUAUGGCAGGGUGGCGGAUUGUGGGCAUGCGCCUGGAAUCUUUCUUGCACAAUGUUUUUGUUGUUCAUUCACUCAGUACUGAUUGAACAUGUAUUUAUCUUGCUUGCUUAGAAAUAAAUAGUUUAAAACAGUUGAUGUGUUGAAAACUGUAUAAUUUCAGUUAGCAAGCAUGGCAUUUUCUGUUAACUGCGUUCAGAUUCGGUUACACUAGCAAGUUUUAACUGGGUGCAUGUGUGGCAAAAUCGGCUUUUUGGGAACACACUGAAAAGUCACUUGACACUGUAUUCAUCAGUCAGUGUAAAUUUUGAUUACAAUGACAGGAAGACAAUUGCAUUGAGAGAAGAGUACGCUCCGUACUGAAUCAGUGAAUAAGGUCUGUAACGUUAGCUAACGUUAAAUGAGCAAGCUAGCUAGCAGCUGUUAUGUUAUAAAUUGAAAUCUGGUGGACAUGUAAUAUUAGCACGCAAGCCAAUUUGACUUUAUGGAGUAGCUAACGUUAGAUGAGCAAUGUCCAUUGCAUGAUGUAUUAUAAAUUAGCUGUGUGGCAGUUUUCCAAAGUUUAGUGUUGACGAUGAACUUUACUUAGCUAGCUAGCUAUACUUUGCGGAAGAUUGUGGGAUAUAGCUAGCGAAGUUAUUAUCAACAUUGAUUUUUAUUGGCUGGCUAGCUAACUGGCUAUAGCAGGCAAGUACAUUAGCUAGCUUAUCUGUUUGUUUACACAGUGUAACGGUAAUCCUCCUCCUCUUCAUCCGACGAGGAGGAGUAGUGAUCGAACCAAGGCGCAGCGUAGUGAAAUGACAUAAUUUAUUGAACACGACGGAAACACAAACUAAACUUGCAUAAACAAACAAAACAAAUAAACGAUGCAGACAGACCUGAACGACGAACUUACAUAUAACGUGAAGAACGCAAUGAACAGGAACAGACUACAUAAAACGAACAAACCGCAUACAGUCCCGUAUGGUGCAAACAUAUACACAAACACAGGAGACAACCACCCACAACGAACACUGUGAAAACGCCUACCUAAAUAUGACUCUUAAUUAGAGGAACGCCAAACACCUGCCUCUAAUUAAGAGCCAUACCAGGCAACCCAAUAAACCAACACAGAAACAGAAAACAUAGAAUGCCCACCCAAACUCACGUCCUGACCAACUAACACAUAUAACAAACUAACAGAAAUAGGUCAGGAACGUGACACACAGAUAACUUCAGCCUUACAGUUGAAGUCGGAAGUUUACAUACACUUAGGUUGGAGUCAUUAAAACUCGUUUUUCAACCACUACACAAAUUUCUUAACAAACUAUAGUUUUGGCAAGUCGGUUAGGACAUCUACUUUGUGCAUGACAACAAAUAAUUUUUCCAACAAUUGCUUACAGACAGAUAAUUUCACUUAUAAUUCACUGUAUCACAAUUCCAGCUGGUCAGACGUUUACAUACACUGACUGUGCCUUUAAACAGCUUGGAAAAUUCCAGAAAAUUAUGUCAUGGCUUUAGAAGCUUCUGAUAGGCUAAUUGACAUCAUUUGAGUCAAUUGACAGUGUACCUGUGGAUGUAUUUCAAGGCCUACCUUCAAACUCAGUGCCUCUUUGCUUGACAUCAUGGGAAAAUCAAAAGAAAACAGCCAAGACCACAGAUUUUUUUUUUGUAGAUAUCCACAAAUUUGGUUCAUCCUUGGGAGCAAUUUCCAAAUGCCUGAAGGUACCACGUUCAUCUGUACAAACAACAGUACACACGUAUAAACACCAUAGAACCACCCAGCCGUCAUAACGCUUAGGAAGGAGAUGCGUUCUGUCUCCUAGAGAUGUACAUACUUUGGUGCGAAAAGUGAAAAUCAAUUCCAGAACAACAUCAAAGAACCUUGUGAAGAUGCUGGAGGAAACAGGUACAAGAAGCCACUGCUCCAAAACCACCAUAAAAAAGCCAGACUACGGUUUGCAACUGCACAUGGGGACAAAGAUCAUACUUUUUGGAGAAAUAUCCUCUGGUCUGAUGAAACAGAAAUAGAACUUGCAAGCCGAAGAACACCAUCCCAACCGUGAAGCAUGGGGGUGGCAGCAUCAUGUUGUGGGGGUGCUUUGCUGCAGGAGGGACUGGUGCACUUCACAAAAUAGAUGGCAUUUUGAGGAAGGAUAAUUAUGUGGAUAUAUUGAAGCAACAUCUCAAGACAUCAGUCAGGAAGUUAAAGUUUGGUCGCAAAUGGGUCUUCCAAAUGGACAAUGACUCCAAACAUACUUCCAAAGUUGUGGCAAAAUGGCAUAAGGACAACAAAGUCAUGGUAUUGGAGUGGCCAUCAAUCCUAUAGAAAAUUUGUGGGCAGAACUGAAAAAGCAUGUGCGAGCAAGGAGGCAUACAAACCUGACUCAGUUACACCAGCUCUGUCAGGAGGAAUGGGACAAAAUUCACCCAACUUAUUGUGGGAAGCUUGUGGAAGGCUACCCAAAAAGUUUGAACCAAGUUAAACAAUUUAAAGGCAAUGCUACCAAAUACUAAUUGAGUGUAUGUAAACUUCUGACCCACUGGGAAUGUGAUGAAAGAAAUAAAAGCUGAAAUAAAUCACUCUCUACUAUUAUUCUGACAUUUCACAUUCUUAAAAUAAAGUGUUGAUCCUAACUGACCUAAGACAGAGAAUUUGUACUAUGAUUAAAUGUCAGAUAUUGUUAAAAACUGAGUUUAAGUGAAUUUGGCUAAAUGUAAACCUCCGACUUCAACUGUAUGUAAAAAACCUUCCCUGUCAAAAUAUAUCUAGGUAGCUUUCCUCGCUUGUUGGUUAGCUAGCUAGCCAACAUUAGUUCUCAUCUGGCUGGUAACUUAUUCUGUGGUAUAACGUUACAUUAGCUAGUUAGCUAAAGUUACAGCUGCUGGCUAGAUAGCUACCUAACAUUAGCUAAUCAAAACAAAACCACAUUCAGCUCACUAAUAACAACCAACCCAUUUUUUUUUGUUGGACAAUUAUUUGUAUGCAUUUAUUGAUUAACCUCAUCUUGAAUACCAACAUAUAGCUAUCUAUAGUAGCCUAGGUUUGUCCUCAAAACCAUUUCUUAUCAUGGCUGGCUGCCUGGCUGAUAGAGGCGACGACCUGUUUGUGUUGGCGAGUUGCUGAGCGACGGAGCUGAUUGACCGGCUCGAUAGAACUCUGAGAUUCAGAUGAAAAAAUGUUAGCAUUGUCAGAAAUGCUACAAAAAGGUAGCAAAUCAUUGCUUUUUAAUGGGCAGAAAUGUGCACAAGAGUGAAAAAUUAUAAAUUUCAUAAAAACUGUUGCACUUACAAACUUUGUCUAUCCGACAUUGUUUAAGUUCAAUGGUCACUCUAUGGAUGCUAUAGUCUCGUUUAAUCCGACUUCUAGAUUUUGAGCUAGCCACAAGAAAUACUCUUAAAACUCAAUUGCUAAUGACACUUUAAAAAAAAUCUGGCAUGUGGUUCUAGGUAACGGAUGGACGGAUCAUAACGAGAGGCGGGAGUGUGUUUUGUAUCUCCAAUCAAGUUGAUUUGAGAUUGGUGUCAUAUUGGCUUAGAUAUGAUGAUUGGGAGAUUUGAAUUUGACAGUGAGCUUCAACCAAUACCUAUAUAGACGAGACUAUCAUCACGUUUAUAAUACAUUUGGGCAGUUACCUGUAUAUACAUAGGAAAUACAAUGAUUCUUCAAACAUAUUGUAUUCAUAGUAUUCAUAUUCAUAGUUAUAAAUUGGGAACUAUAGUUCUAGCUACUAUCCUACGCCUCGGUAUGAAUCUAUUGUACAUGAACAGAAAGGUUAUUAAUAGUAGUUUGUGGGGAGAUGGGAAGGUUAUUUAUUAUUGACUGCCUCAGUUCACAUACCUGAGAGUUGUAUGUGUUUGAGGUCACAGGAAAAUCUGCUAAGUUGUUCUCUAUUGGUCUAUCUCUUUGAUUGGGUUAAGGCCCCUAUAGUUCCCCCAGUGAUACAUCGGAACCCUCAUGCUGGGAUAGCUCACACACGCACACACACACACACACACACCAAUGUGCACACACACUCUCCUGGGUGUGAACAUGAGCUCAUGCUCAUCAGAUUGGGAAUGUUAUAAAAAUCACUAAUUGAAUCAUUCCCGGUUAACUUUGGCAUCUGAUUAAAGUGUUGAUGAUGGUUGAAAUGUAGCAUUAAAAGGGCAAUUCCGCCACUUUUUAACCUAAUAUUCAUUAUCUCCAGCAUCAUACCAGUGUCUACAUAUUUGCAAAUGGCGUGUUUCUAUAAUCUGUGGUUAAAAAGGUAAAGAAAUGCUUCUCUGUGACAUCACAAGGUAGGAUUAAAAGUAGGAAAAACAGUGAUUUUCUAAACCUGCAACUAGUUUCUAGCCAGAGGGAUGGGUAUAUUCUUGCUCCCCACAUCACCGAAACCCAUAGUGUUUGACAAUCACUAUCUUUAAACUGUUUAACUUUUGAUGAUGUCAUCGAGUAGAACUUUAUAUAUUUUUCAAAAAAAUGUAGAAAUGCACCAUUUUCAUGUAGACACUGGUAUUGUGCUGGAGACAAUGAAAAUGGCCCUUUAAGGCCCUUACUUACACUACUAACCUAUCUUUGUAAAGCUUAAUUAGAUGUAUUUUCCCCGCCAGGUCGCUAGUCGCUGCGCAUUCCGUGUUGUUGAGUCGUUUAUAGCUUUGACUUGAUUAAUCAUUUACAAUAGUCCUCUCUGAGCUCCAGUGACAAUUCCUCACACGUUCUGUUGUGCUCCUCGCCCAGUUUCCUGUGAAUUAGAACAUCCACGUUGAUACAGAUAGGGGACUUUCGGGACUGUCGCCUUAUGUUUCAUAACGUAUAAAUAAAUAGAUUAAACAUUUCAUAGGCAGCAAGUGGGAACACUUUGAGCGUCCGAAUGUCUGGACAAAACAUCGACCAGUUGCAUCGCUCUACUUUGGGCAUAUAUGCGAGCCUGAUGGAUCAGUUCAACCCAAGUCUACAGAAGCUAGUGGCUUUGGGAAACAGCUACAUGCAGGCUUUCCAAGCCCUUGCUGUAACCAGUGAGGCUUACUUCAGCACCCUUGCUAAGAUAGGGGAGCAGGCCUUCCACACCAUGUCGUCUCGCUCUAUUGGAGAUGUCCUGAUUCAGAUUUCAGAGAACCAGAGGCGACUCACCGCUGAAAUGGAAGCAAUAUUCCGCUGGUUCCACUCUGAGGUGCUGCAGGAGAUGGACAACAAUGUCAAACUGGAUAAGGACUACAUAGCAGGCAGCAGGAGGCGAUAUGAGAUGGAGGUACGGACCCAGGCCACAUCUUUGGAGAGGCAGCUGAGGGGAGGGGCUUACCAGGAUGAGUACAUUCACUUCCUGAGGGAUAGUCAGCGCGAGGCUCUGAUGGAGGAGGAAAGGAGAUACCGUUUCCUGGCUGAGAAACACUGUGGCCUCACUCAGUCCGUCAUCUAUCUCAUGAACAAGACAGGGGCAGGGGGAGGCCUACAGCAGAUAGCUGAUGGAUGGAGAGACCAGGUCAACGCCACCAGAGGACCUGGAUCCCAGAACCCCUCUCGCCUGGACCAGGACAACACGUCCAGAAUGAGGGAGGAGGACAGGGGGAGCCAAUGGUCAGGCAAAGAGGAGCAGCCUCUGGGAAGAGUGCCCUCCAGAGGCCCAUCACCCCAAAACACCCGUUCCCGCUCCAGCUCAAUUGGAGAGUCCCUAGGUCUGGGUGGAGGUGGAGGAGGGAGACCUAUGAGAGCUCUGGUGUCCCACCCCGCUAACUCCAACAGCCCCACCCUGCUGCCCUUCUCCCGAGGGGAGGUGGUGAGCGUGCUGGUGCAGGAUCCCCGUAACGGCUGGCUCUACGGCCGGGCAGAGAACAGCUCACGUCAGGGCUGGUUCCCAGCUGCCUAUGUGGGGCCACUGGAGGAGGCCCCUAGAUCAACUGGCUCCAGCUCCACCCUUAGGAGCGUCCACAGUAUGGACAACCUGCUAGACCAAUCAGGAGACAGCAGCUAUGGCAGACCCCCGCCCCCGCCUCCACCCAAACGACAGACAGAGAUGCGUCCAAUCACACCCAUCAUGGAGAGAAGGGCGAAGUCUCACUCUGACAACAAGAGAGGAGAGCGCCAUGGUGGACCUGUGCCAAACCUCUUCCCAAAGGGCACUAACCCUUUUGCCACUGUCAAGCUGAAGCCCACAUCCACAGAUGACCGAUCUGCUCCACGGCUCCGUCGGUGAAGAGGUCACGCCCUUGAGAGGUACUGGGCGCGUUCCAGGUUGACUACAUUUCAGUUGUUGGAUUGCAUCAAAAAAAUGGUUUCAUGCCACUUUAGACUGCUAUCAUAUGAUCUGAUAAAUAAACUGACACUGAUCUGUUAAAUAAAUAUUUAUCCAAGUGGGUCUGAAAUGUAGUCAUCCUAAAACGUGUCCACUACCAUGCAGCAGGGGUUUUAGGGUUGAUGCCCUAAAACUGCCCCAAAUCUUCCCAAGUUGUUGAAAACUGUCUUAAAACUGCCCAAAACUUUCCCUAAGCAGCCCCUAAUACCAAUAUUGUAUUUAUAUCCAUAUUAUGGAGUUUAUCGGAUGACUACAGUGAUAAAGGAACUUCAGAGGGCAGUGUAAGAUGACAGAAACCCUAAUAGAUGCUUGGUGCACUGAUUGACCUGAAAAGUGCAUUAAUAAUUGUUUUUUAGUUAGUGAGACAAAUCUUUGAGAGCGCUCAUUUAUGCACUUUUCUUCAGAAUCAGGGAUAUACGUGUUAGGUACAGGAAAUAUCAUGGUAGAGGAAGUUGUUUUUAUCAAAGCCUUUUGAAUUGUUGUCUUCAAGUAGCUCUUUUAUUUAGCUUUGCUUGUACAGUGACAAUAUGGCAGUUUAAACCAAUACGUAACUUUGAUGCUAAACUACAGUGAACCACAGUGAGCUAAUAUUUCUCUUAGGAAUGCCAUGUAGAUAGAUUGUUAUGACAAGUGAGUUUGAGCUACUAACUUAACAGUGCUGUUUUGUCCAGUGCCUUUAGUAAAUGUACGAUAUGAUGUGUAUGUGUUUGUUUGUUCAUGCAGGCAGUAGGGUGGACUACUACUGUAGUGAAGAACCCGGGGUUGUCAAUUCUAAUCCACCAAUGUGGAUAUUUAACCUAAAUUACCCUUUCGUGUGUACCCAGCUAUGUAAAUGGCUGACGUGAGAGUGUUGAGCUGUUAUAGCUGUAACUGAAUGAAUAAUUUUUACUUUACUGCUAGAAUAAAAAUGGCAGCUGCUUUUCA